ACCUAUCCCCGAAACGUCAGAAUAAUUUAAUAUUGUAAUUUUCAAAUGCUCUGUGCGAGAUACUUUUUAUAAAUUUAAUAUUGUGAACAGAAUAGUAUCUAAUCUUACAAAAAGUUCAAAUAUUGAUGAAAAUAACAUAGAUUGCUCAAUUAAGUGAAAAUCUCAAUAAAUUACAAUGAGUCGUUGGGAUAAAAAAACUGAAGGACAUUCGCGGUCACGUCGGGAGGAUUUUUCUAGUCAAAACCAAAGUAGGUCCAGAAGUCGUUCAUGUUCACCGGUUGAAAGAAGGCUACGUGAGUUGGACGAGGAGAGACAAAGGAAAGAAAAACAAUUGCGAGAAGCUGUACCGAAACAGACUAGUUCUAGCUCCAGUGGAGACGACAGCGAUGGAUCAAGCUCGGAAGAAAGUACACCAGCGCCAGUUGAAACUACCAAAAUCGGAUUUGAUUUUAAGAAACCGACUGCAGAUGCAACAAAACCUAGUUCUACGGCCAUUUUUCAAAUGCAAAAAUCUAAACCAACAGCGAUCCAAAUGUCACUAAAAGCCGGUGCCAAAAAGGAAACACCGAAAUUAAUGAAACCAAUAGCAAAUGCAUUUGCCGGAGACGAUAGUGAUGAAGAGCCUGAGGAAAUGCCUGCCGAAUGUCGUAUGCGAAUGCGAAACAUCGGUCGUGAGACUCCAACUUCUUCCGGCCCCAACUCUUUUGGAAAAACUAAGCACGGUUUUUGCGACUCUAAAAAAAUAUUUGAAAAAAAGAUGAACUCCUUGACUGACGGCUAAAUUGUGGAUCAGACGGAAUAGAAAACCAUUCCCCAAACCCUGAUGCACAUCGGAUGAAAUUUAGCUUCGAUCUAUGGAUUUAAUAAUUAACUAUUUCUAUUUGAGUGUGUGUUCCCGGACAGGACAGCCAAUUCAUUUGGGUAAGAAAAUUACCUAGGCUACUUAUUGUACUUUAAAAGCAGUUGUUUUGACUAGACCAUAUCUGCACGAUGAAUGAUCUUGGCGAUUUCAUAUAUAUAGACCAAUAUAAAAUAA